AUGCCCGCCGCCUCGCUCAUCCCGCUGCGCAUCGCCGUGACGUCGGACAACAUCUGUCCGUUCUGCUUCAUCGGUCUGCGCAAGCUGCAAGCCGCGCUGCGUACCUCGCCCUACACCUCCGGCGCCGAGGCCGUAUUUGCGCCACAGCUGCACUUCCUGCCAUACCAGCUCGACCCGACGCUGCCGAAGGCGCAGGCCGUCGACAAGCGCGAGCGCUACAUGCGCAAGUUUGGCCCGCGCUUCGUGCAGAUGGAGAGCAUGAUGAAGGAGCGCGGCGCAGAGGAGGGCAUUCAUUUCGACUAUGACGGCCCGCUGCGCAACACGUUUGACUCGCACCGCCUGCUCUCGCACGCCUAUGCCCAGGGUGGGUGGGAGGCGCAGCUCCGGCUGCUCGAGGAGCUCUUUCCGCACUACUUUGAGCGACGAGGCGACCCUGGAUCGCACGAGGAGCUCGCCAAGCUCGCCACCGACGCCCAUCUCUUCCCCUCCGUCGACGCCGCCCUGUCCUGGCUGCGCGGCUCAGAGCAGGCUGCAGAGGUGACGUCGGGCUUCGAGCGCGCGCGCAGCAAGGGCAUCACCGGCGUGCCCUUCUUCGAGCUGGAGGCCGGCGAGCCCGAGGCGCUGCGUGCCGUCGCCGAGAUCCCCGGCGCGCAAGACGCACAGUGCUUCAGAGCCAUCAUCGAGCGCAUGGCGGGCAAGGCAGGCGUGGCGCACAAGGAGGCACAGGACUUGCCCGAGGGAGCGCGCGUGUGCGGGGGCGCAAAGUGCUGA